AUGUCAUCUGCAGCACGGCUCGGCCUGAGCGGCCAGCGGGGGCUGUCUCCUCGUUAUUCGUCACUUACACACACCGCUGGGAAGGCCAGAAGAGUACCAAAGAAUGUACGCCUGUUCCACAUUGAAGGUCGCGGGGCAAGACUGCGUAUAGUAGCUGAACAUCCUGAUGAAGAAACAACUGGUUGGCUACUCGCCCGUGCAAUCGAGGGUCUUGCGGAGAAAGGACUUGGAGAUGGCCUUGUGGCACUUCGAACAGACCCGAGUGGUCCUCUUGGCAACCGGGAUUGGGUGGAUGUCUAUUUGCAAGACAUGCAUCGCACCCUUGGUUGCUUGCCAUUCGAGGACUACCUCCAGUGCGUGUACAGUGAACCAACCGGACCUCCAGAGGGUAACCUUGCUCCACGCCGUGAAAACACAGCCGGAGCAAAACUUAGCGAAUCAAUCGAAUCGCCAGGUGGGAAAGCAGACCGAACGAUCAACCUGCGUGCCAGCAAGGCAGCGUCCCGGCAAAAUUCUCCUUCAGGCACUCGUGCGGCUGUGAAAGACAAGAGUAGGGAGGGGACCUCGUCCGAACUGCGGAGACGGAAUACUGCAUCCAGUAUGAAGGCAGAGCCUGUCGGAGACUCAUCGACUGCUGUUGUUGCUGUUGGAGGAAAUACCGCUGGUACUAUUGUUGCACAUGCUUCUCCUCCCUCUUCCCCUCUUGCCUUGAGUGCUUUGGAGACUCCCCAUCACGAGUCUGGAGCUGGUUACGAGACUUGGGUCCACAAGGGACAGAGUGACCAUGAGAAGCAGGGUGUGUUGGAACGAAACUCUGAGACCACGCGCCAGGUAGCCACGCGAACAUACACACGUUUUCCGCGAUCAGGGGGUGUAUCUGUGCGAGACUUUCGGGAAGAAGGGGUCAUCGGACAAGGAGGGUUCAGCGUGGUGUAUAAAGUGCGGAAGAAAGACACGGGACGCCUCUAUGCACUGAAAGUUGUAGCAAAAAACAAAAUAGCCCAUGAACCCAACAAAAUCCGCCGAGCGCUUUCGGAGAGAGAUGUGCUCAAGCAAUGCGACUCGCCGUUCGUCGUGAGGCUUUUUUGGGCGUUCCAAUCGGAAAACCACUUGUUUCUUGUAAACGAGUUGUGUCCAGGAGGAGAUCUCUUCCGGCUACUCCGGGAGUGUCAGUUCUUCCCCGAGGACGUGUGCCGUUUCGUCUUUGCGGAGGUUCUACUCGGUCUUCGUCACCUUCACGAACUCAAUAUUCUUUACCGGGACUUGAAGGCCGAAAAUGUUUUGGUGGACCUGGACGGACACUGUAGACUCGCUGAUUUCGGACUCUCGAAAACCCUCUCAAAGGGCCACCAGCGGAGUUACUCUUUCUGCGGAAGUCCAGAAUAUCUCAGUCCCGAGAUGCUACUAGGAACGGGCCAUGACAAGACUUUAGAUUAUUACGGCAUCGGAUGUCUGUUGUACGAGAUGCUGACAGGCGUCCCGCCGCAUUACUCAAGCAACAGGAACUGCAUGUACAGCCGGAUUAUUGAAGGAAAUCUUUCGUUCCCGUCGUCGUUGAAGGUGUCGCCUGAGGCAAAGGACCUUGUUGAACGGUUGCUUCACGUAGAUCCUGGACGGCGCCUUGGUGCAGACCCGGGGGGCGUCGAUUCAAUUUGCGCUCAUCCCUGGCUUCAAGGCAUCGACUGGAAGCGGAUUUCAGAGCGCGCGGCACCGAGUUUGUUGCGGCCUUACUUGCAAUGGCAACGCUUGGGAAUUGGCAGAAGUCCGUAUCCUGUCCUUCCUCGUGGCAAAACUAUAUCCGAAGGAAGUCCUUUUCGAACACUUUCGUCGUCAGAUGUUCCCUGGGAGGCGCCUGCUACGUGCCCGUUUCGUCACUUCGACUGGGAAAACAAAAGACUUCUGAGCGAAGCAUCUGAGCGCUGUUCCCUUGUGCUACCAACGGCGGACACAAGCGCCAGUGGGAGCUGUGUACAGUUCUCGAGCAGAAGCAAAUGCUCACGCCUCACGAAACCCGAUAAAGACAAGCAGGGGCGGAUUAUACAGCUGUACAAGCGAGCACAAAGCGUUAUGAGAGUUUCUGGCGGUGCAGAACGGAUUCCCGUGAAGACGAGGCCGGGCUCCCGUGUGAUUCAGUCAGGGCAAGCACAGCAGCAGCCGGGCAACAUUUUAGAACAGCGAUACGUAAUGGUAGGUCCCUCCGGUCGUUCCGUGACCGUAUCUGUGGCUCCUGUGCUUAACCGUCUGCAGCCUUUCUUCACAGGCUCGGUUGCCGUAGCAAUCCCAUCUCACCGUGACGGUGAGCUUUCCAUGGCAGCCAAGCCACCGAUGAAUUCACCCGUUUUUGAAUCCAUCGUGGUUCGCCCCGAAAAAGGCGACUGUGAAAGGCGGUAG